CUGCUCUUAAAGCCUUCGGUUGUUUUGGGCUUCACUGAGGCAAUCCCCAAGGCCUAAGCUCAACACUAUCCCCACUGAGCUUGUAGCAUAGCCCUGGUUGCCAUGACAACUCCCGGAGGCCUCGGCCUUGCCUGACUCUAGGCCUGGGCGUGCAGUCGUAUGAUCGCCUCUUCGCCCUCGAGGAGCACCGCUCCCAUUUUACCUAGUCCAAAUCCCCUCCCGCCCCCAGUGGGUGAGAGAGCAGGUCCACCUUCGCGCUCCCCGCCCAUUCUCCUCCCUCCUCCUCCUCCCUCUCGCCGCCGCCGCAUCUACAAGCCUGAGGCUCGUUCCUAUGGCAACCGGCCUGCGCGUCCCGCUGGCCUGGGCGCGGCUGAAGCAGGCGGCGGCGGCAAAGACGACCACGGUGAAGGGGCGAUGACAGCGUCGGCCGGCGACCAACUCGAGCCCAGGGUGGGGGAUUCGGGAAGCCGGCCCUACACGGAGUACAAUGAAGGGGGUCAGCCUUGGAAGAAGUUUGUAUAUGUUGAACCACCCAGGAGAGUUAAGGAAGUACUAGAAGAAGAGCUUUAUUUCCAUAGAGAUGACUGCAGAGUCAAACACCCUUCAGAAGUGGCUCUGGAAAGAAUUUGGAGUUUGAGAAGGAAUUUCCCUGUGGGAGCCUUUCAGCCAACAUUGCAGAAUCCAAGCAGCUUGCUUUCCCAGCUCAAGUACUACUCUCGGCACACAGUAGUAAGAAGAUAGCGCCUCUGGAAAAUUGUGUGUCUUCUAAAGAAACUGGCAGAAGCAAGGCAAACCUAUGGUUGUUAUUUUUAUCCAAAUGCAGAGUACUAUAUUUUAGAUCUUGUACAAUACCCUGUAAAAUAAAUGUUGACACAGUGCAUCAA